AUGCAGCGUGAAAAACCAUCAUCAGUGUUGUUAGAGAAGCAGCGUGAGGCGCUCGUCAAGAGCGUCGAGGUCGCUACGGAUCGAGGCCGGGAUGAAGGCCUCUCGGAAGCGGCGCCCGAGCCCGACGCCGCAGUGUCGGCGGCUGGGCCGGAGUGCCGGACGGAAGACGUGACCAGGCCGGGCCCCGACCUGACCAGACCGCCGCUGCCGCGAGCGCGCUGGGGCCCGGCUAGGCGCCCGCUCGAGUUGUCCUUGGCAAGACACGAGGAGCUGGCAACGCGCGCUGAGGCCGCACUGCGCCAUCUGCUCGUCACCGACAACUAUGACUCCGUCAAUAACUUCAUCUCACUGCAUGAGGCUUUCGAGCGCAGUGGUGAUGCGCUCUACCAGGUGUACCAGCAGUACACGCCACCAAUCCGUGCUCGCAAGCACACCUGUGUAGGGCUAGGCUUCGAACUCAUGCGACGCUGGCGGAAGUUGGAGCGGGACUUCAGUGGCGCUACCCGCGCCACAGCUCUGUUGUCGUGCGAGGAAGCCGUGGUAGACGUGCGCGAGUACGUGACGUGCGGCGACGGGCCCGCAGCUGUGCUGGCUGCUGAGAAGGAACACGUCAUGGUGGGCAUACAGAUCCGCGUAGACGGCCGACUCGGCGUCAUGCUCGCUGAUCCCGGCUACCACGUGCCCAGAAUCGUCACCGUCAUGCAGGAUCGAAACUACCCACACACUGGUUGGUUCGUGCAGUCGGACGAGCAACACUGCCGCAAGGAGUACAACUACACGUUCAGCAUGCUGAACCCAGGCUACAUCGAGUGGCACGAGCGGGAGACGCGCGGGGAGACUGUGAAGUCUCAGACCUCGCUCGUGUACGCCGGCAGACCGUACCUGGACGGUAUCAACGUCACCGAGAGAAGAAACCUCGUCUACAACUUUAGGAGCCUUCUCUCCCGCGACCAGAAGGGCCAUUUGAUAGCCGGCCUCUACUUCCCAGUGGGUGCGACCAUCAAAGACGCGCAGUUCACCCUCUUUCUUAACAACGGGCCUCAAAAGCGGAAGACUAAGUACAAAUUCAGCACUUUUGCUGACCCUGAUGACAUUCCAGAAGAGAUAUUGGAAGAGAUCCAGCUCUGUAAUAACAAGAUGAAUUACAAGGAAGGUGAGCUAUUGUCCAUCGUUUGCAAGCUCUCUCGAGUAAUGGCUGACCAAGCCUUCAUCGACCAGAUGCUGGAGAUCAACGAGGACAUCUGUCGCAUGUGUCUCUGACAACAAAAUGGCGUCCAGAACAAAAUGGCGGACGCCAGUAAUGGAGGCAACAAAGCCUAAUAAUGCAAUGUAUUGUUUAAAACGAUCUUAACUUCGUAUAAUUUUAUCCAAUUAAUUUGUAUUGUAUUUACAUAUUUUUAAUUUUUUGGAUUAUCUUUUAUUGGGUUAUAGGUGAUUUUUUACUUUUACGUAGUUAUUAAGAUUACGUUAAAAUUAAUAAUGUUUAAUUUGGAA